UGACACCUUCCAUUCAAAGCAGCCGGUAGCUGACACUCAGCUUUCAUUCUCUCCGAUUUUAGCGACACAAACUAUUAACCAAAUUUGUUCAAUUACCAAGAAACAUUGAGAUGGCUCAGCGAACACAGAGGUAUAUAUGUUUGGCGGGUUCCAUGGUGCGUAAGAUUCAUGUGGCCCGAUUUCCACGGUGCAAAAAAGUGUCCAUGUCGAAUUUUGACUGCGGUAUUCCUCUGCCCUAUGAAAAAAUGAAGGAGAAACUGAAUUGCGUGAAAACUCGGCUAACUGGACCUCUGACGCUGUCGGAAAAGGUGUUAUAUUCCCAUUUGGAUGAACCGGAUAAGCAGGAAAUUGAACGGGGCAAGACCUAUUUGCGACUUCGUCCGGAUCGUGUGGCCCUGCAAGACGCCACGGCCCAGAUGACCCUAAUGCAGUUCAUCUCGUCGGGCUUGAAGAAGGUGGCGGUUCCCUCCACAGUUCACUGUGAUCACUUGAUUGAGGCCCAAAUAAGUGGCAAGAAGGACCUGGCCAGAGCUAAGGAUCUCAACAAGGAGGUCUUUGACUUUCUUUCUUCCGCGUGCGCCAAAUAUUACUUGGGUUUCUGGAAGCCUGGCAGCGGAAUAAUCCAUCAAAUCAUUUUGGAGAACUACGCCUUUCCGGGUCUGCUGAUGAUCGGCACCGAUUCCCACACUCCGAAUGGCGGUGGCCUGGGAUGUUUGUGCGUGGGUGUCGGCGGUGCCGAUGCCGUCGAUGUGAUGGCGAAUAUUCCCUGGGAGCUAAAGUGCCCGACUGUGAUCGGUUGCCAUCUAACGGGCAAAAUAAGUGGCUGGACCUCGCCCAAAGAUGUGAUUCUAAAGGUGGCCGAGAUCCUGACCGUCAAAGGCGGCACAGGAGCGAUUGUGGAGUACCAUGGACCUGGCGUCGAGUCCAUAUCCUGCACGGGAAUGGCCACCAUUACCAACAUGGGAGCUGAGAUCGGAGCCACAACUUCGAUUUUCCCGUUCAACGAUCGCAUGGUGACCUAUUUGAAAGCCACGGGCAGAGGUGCCAUCGCUGCGGAGGCCAUGAAAUACAAGGAUAUGCUGACAGCGGACAAGGGCUGCAAGUACGAUCAGGUCAUCGAAAUCAAUUUGGACAAGCUGGAGCCAUUGGUGAAUGGCCCAUUUACGCCCGAUUUGGCGCAUCCCAUUAGCAAACUGGGGGCCAACUCCGAGAAGAACGGCUAUCCGAUGGACAUUAAAGUCAGUCUGAUUGGAUCCUGCACGAAUUCCUCAUAUGAGGAUAUGGGCCGCUGUGCCAGCAUUGCCAAUGACGCACUGAGCCAUGGCCUGAAGUCCUGUGUUCCCUUUAAUGUCACGCCUGGAUCGGAGCAAGUUCGAGCCACCAUAGCCAGGGAUGGCAUCAUCGAUGUCCUCGAAAAGUUCGGUGGCACCGUGCUGGCCAAUGCCUGUGGUCCUUGCAUUGGACAGUGGGAUCGCAAGGAUGUGAAAAUGGGCGAAAAGAACACAAUUGUCACAUCGUACAACCGUAACUUCACCGGAAGAAACGAUGCCAAUCCGGCCACGCAUUGUUUUGUUACCAGUCCGGAAAUGGCUACUGCCUUGGCCAUUGCCGGACGUUUGGACUUCAAUCCCUUGGCCGACGAACUCCAGGGAGCGGAUGGCAAAAUGUUCAAGCUAAAGGAACCACAUGGCGAAGAACUGCCUGCCAAGGGCUUCGAUCCCGGGGAGGAUACAUACCAGGCUCCACCGGAGAAGGGCGAUGAUGUCAAGGUAAAUGUGGAUCCCAAGUCGGAACGGCUGCAAAUCCUGCAGCCCUUUGAGAAAUGGGACGGCAAGGACUACAUUGAUUUGGUGGUUCUGAUCAAAAUCAAGGGCAAAUGCACUACUGAUCACAUAAGUGCCGCUGGACCUUGGCUAAAGUAUCGCGGUCAUUUGGACAACAUAUCCAAUAACAUGUUCAUUGGGGCCACCAAUGCCGAGAAUAAUGAGAUGAACAAGGUGAAGAACCAAAAGACCGGCCAAUUUGAUGCCGUUCCAGCCGUGGCUCGGGACUAUAAGGCCAACAAGAUGAGGUGGUGUGCCGUGGGUGAGGAGAACUACGGCGAGGGAUCUUCCAGGGAGCACGCUGCACUGGAGCCCCGUCAUUUGGGUGGAGUGGCCAUUAUCGUCAAGUCCUUCGCCCGGAUCCACGAGACCAAUCUGAAGAAACAGGGCAUGCUGGCACUGACAUUCGCCAACGCCGCUGACUACGACAAAAUCCAGCCAACCAGCAAGGUUUCACUGCUCAACCUCAAGGAUUUGGCACCUGGAAAACCGGUGGAUGCCGAGAUCAAGAACAACGGUGGCUCCGACAAAAUCAAGUUGAACCACACUCUGAACGAUCAGCAAAUCAAGUGGUUCCAAGCCGGCAGUGCCUUAAAUCUUAUGAAGGAACUGACUGCCAAAGGUGGUAACAAAAAAUAGUUUCCAGCCAUAGAUAAUGUCAUCCAGGAAACGAGUUUUUCACUCGAUAUUCAUUUAACUAAAUUAAUUGGUUGUUUCAUAUUAGGAACAUUAUUAAAAAGCAUUUAAAAAAUUA